UUUUACGCACAAUCUGCAAAGACGGUCAAGGCCGAUCUGUCGGGCUCACUGAAGGCGCAGAACGAAACCGAAUUGAACGACACACGAUGCACGAAUAAGGAGCUGAAGGACAUCAUGCGAAAAAUCUCGUAUCGUACACCAUCAUUAGCGAAACGCCUCAUACAAAGGAUCGCCGAGGAAAAAUUAGGAGGAAUGUUCGCGGUGUUCUGCUCCAAGGACGAUUUUACCUAUGUCUCUCGAAGUAAAGUGUACUGUCAAGUGGAACGCGAUGACGUUGUCUGCUAUGCGUUCCAGCAUAAGUGA